AUGGACCCUUACGACACUUUUGGAUCGCCUCCUCCGUCUGGAAAAUCUGAAUCAAAAUGGACUCGCGACGAGGAGACCUUUUCAUCGCGCUCCGCCGUCGAUUCAUACCGCAGGAGGUCUCCAGCAGCUCAAGAUCGCCGUAGAGUGAGUGGGCGUGGUAGAUCUCGCUCGCCGGUAACCAUCGAUCGAUAUCAGCCUGGAGAUCGUGAUCGCACCAACCGUGACGAAUAUUAUACUGCUUCGCGAGAUCAUGCUGCCAGGGAUCGAGAGGAUCGUCGACGUCUGCCUUCGCCUACAGCCGCGAACAUCGACAGAUACGUUCCAGGUCAGGAGAGCAGCAGGGCUAUCAUCCGCACAAACCCCCUUCCAAACCCUUUAACACUUGACUACCAGGUCGGGUUUAAUUGGUAUGCCGAAUGGUGGCGGACGGAGCAGUUGAUUAAAGAAGAAAAAGAGAGGGCAAAGCACGGAGGUCGUCGCCCCUCUGACCGUGUAAAAGGAGAAAACGAAGCCAAAGAAAACCGAGAGAAAGAAAGAGCCUUGAUUCAAAUGGCAUACGAUACGUACAAAUCUGAGUUCCAGGUCAAAAUGGCUCGUAGCUUUGUUCAGCGUCAUCGAAAUGAGGAGUGGUUCAAAGAGCGAUACGUUCCUGAAAUUCGAGAUCCAUUUCGUCAACGCUUAAUGGAGUUCAGAACAAGCGCCUAUGAACGAUGGACUCAAGAUCUAGAGUCUGGUCUCUUUGACGAAUUUACGCUUGAAGGGAUCUAUAAAAGCGAAAGCGAUGGUGCUGGCGGCAUUGUGGAGAAGGAAGAAGGGGAAGCCACAGCCGUGGGCGAGACACUUGGUGUUCUAGAUCUUCUACCGACGCGGGGUGGAGAUCUUCGAGAUGAAUCAUUGUUGCAGCCCGCUCUUCUCAUCAAAACUUUAGCUCCUAACGUCAGCCGGGAGAAGAUUGAGGAGUUCUGUAAAGAGCACUUGGGCGAAUCGGAUGGUGGCUUCAAGUGGUUGAGCUUAAGUGAUCCAAACCCUUCCAAAAAGUGCCAUCGUAUUGGCUGGAUAAUGCUUCAUCCGGCUCCUGAAUCUCAUGCUGUAAUUGAAAGAGGAGAUGGCAGGGAGGAAGAGGGAGAGGAAGCAGAGGCAGGUACCGCAGAUAAUACGCAAAACGGCAACUCCGCGGCUGAAACAGCGCUGGAGGCUGUAAACGAAAAAACCAUCUACGACACUGUUCGUGGAGACUUUGUAUGCCAUGUUGGUGUCCAUAUUCCACCUCCUAACCCCAAGAAAAAGGCAUUAUGGGACCUUUUCUCAGCCCCAGAACGUAUCGACCGGGACCUGGAGUUGGUGAAACGCAUCGUCGUAAAAUUAGACAGCCAAACGUCUUUUGCUGAUGGCAUUAUCAAAAUUGAGCAGCGCGUGGAAGAUCUUCGAGAGAAGGGUUGGCUGCAGCCUCCUGUUACUGCACCUACGAAGGCGAAAAAUCCAAAGGCUUUUGAUCCGGAUACUGAAAUGGUUCUACUUGAAGACGGAGAGGCAGAGGAAGGAGAAGAGCACGAAGACGCUGAUGGCGACGACGAGACUGACAGCGAAGAGCUUCUCAUCAAAAAGAAAUUGUUGGAUUUGAUGGUUGAGUAUCUGAGACGUGUUCACAAUUUCUGUUUUUUCUGUGUUUUUGAAAGCGAUUCUGUGCAUGAGCUGGUUCGUAAAUGUCCUGGUGGGCAUUUACGUCGUCCCCGAUCCGGGUUGAGCACCCACGCGAAAGCAGCUGCUAGAGCCAGUGCAUUGGGAGAAUCAUACCCUUCUAAGAAGAAGGAGGAGGUUGAAGAAGGAGAAGCCGAAGCCUCUCCAAGCGAAGAGAAGAAGCCCCCGCGAUUCUCAUCAAAAAUCGAGCAACAGAUCUACCGAGCGUUUAACUGGGUCAAGACUUUUGAAGAAAAGUUGCUGCAAAUCUUGGAGCCUGAAAACGCUGAUUUGAAAAAGCUUGGUGGCAAGCCUGUUGAGGAUGCAUUGGAGGAGGAGUUGAACAGGUUCGUCAAGCAAGAGGAUGAAGCUAAAUUUCGGUGCAAAGUUCCCGAAUGUACAAAACUGUUCAAAGGUCAGCAUUUCUGGCGAAAGCAUGUCGAAAAACGUCAUCCGGAGUGGUUCAGUGAUGUCCAAAACGAGCUUGCGCUUGUCAAUGCCUACGUGCUUGAUCCGGCACACAUCUCGCCGUCGAGAUCCGAUGCUGCGAGUAACGGCCAUUUCCCGUUCCCACCAGGUCAUAUACCGGCCGGUACACCCCGUGGAUUCAAUUUUGCAACCAUGCCAUUCAACUUCAACGCCAAUGGAUCCAUGCCUGGAGGUGCGUUCCAAGGAAUGGCUUCCUCGGGUGCUGGUAUGCCAGGCUUCAUGAACGGCAGUUGGGCAGCCGGAGGCUUAGUGGCCAAUGCUGGCGGUGCUACAGGCCUUCAUAACCCGGGUGUGAUCCGCCGUGGACGCCACUUCAAUCGCAGCAGCCCGUAUGAUCGGCGUGGUGGCCGCUUUCCAGGCAGCACUGGCGCUGGAAGUAGUGGCCGCCUGAGUCCUGUUCGUGGUAUGUUCGGCGGAGCCGCGUACAUCCCAGCAGGCCAUCCUGCCGCGCUGGCUGCUGGCAUGGGUGGUUUUGGGCCCGGCGCCGGCGGACGUUGGGUUGACGGUGCUGGAAAUCCGCAGGCCAUGGGACCGCGCGAAGCUGUGCAGGGCCGAAGCCUCAAGAGCUACGAAGACCUGGAUGCCGUUGGAGGUGCUGGAAAUGGAGAGCUCAACUACUAA